AUGUCUACGCGUGUUAACCCUGGCUCUAGUUCUAGCAAUAGUUCACAAAUUUCUUUAUCCGACUCUCGUUAUGUAAUCUCAUUUGAGCGUAACAAUCAUGGUGAGAUUUUUAUCGAUGAUAUGUUAGCAGAAAUGAUUGAAAAUGUGUAUGCUGGGGAUGUCUCUACAGAUGAGGAGAUGGAAGCUGAAAUUGAACAAGAAAUACAUGUUAUUCAAAGUGAUACAGAAGAGAUAACAGUAAAGGGAAAAGGUGGUGUAAGUAAUAGGGGGAGAAAGGGAAAGUACAAGAGUAGGGGAGAAGAAAAUGAAGGAAUACAUGAGAGUAGUUCAAAAAGGGUAAGGCAUGGCAAUAGAGGCAGAGGGAGGGGUAGAGGAAAGGGUCAAGAAAGAGGAAAUGCAGGCAUUGUGUUGCAACAAACUGCAAGUCUUCCACCUCCAACAUUUGAACCAAUGCAAAAGUGUCAACCGGCCCACAGAGGUUAUGCAACACUUCCUCACGAAAUGCUCUUAGGAACUGUUACCCCUCUUGCAAUCUUUCAGUUAUUUUUUACUGACAACCAGUUGCAAACAAUUGUUGAGAAUACAAACAAAUAUGAGCAAAUGAAAGGAUUCAGUGAUAGUGACCGUCGUCCUUGGAGUCCUCUUACAUUAAAGGAGUUAAAAAUUUGGAUCGCCCUGGUCAUUUACAUGGGUGUACAUAAAAUCUAUGCUGUCGAAGACCUGUGGAAUAACAAUGAGAGAAAACCGAUUCAUAAUAUUAAAGAUUUUAUGACUUUGGUUAGAUUUCAACAGAUUAAGCACUUCUUUCAUAUUUCUUCUCCCAGUGAAACUCAGUCUUUCUGGUAUUCUAAGGUUGAACCGUUAGCAUCGCACCUGAGAAAUAUGUUUAAAAAACUGUACAUGCCUGGUACGAAUGUUUCAGUUGAUGAAAUGAUUGCUCGAUUUUCUGGUCGAAGCAUACAUACCGUUCGGAUGAAGAAUAAACCAACGCCAGAAGGCUAUAAAAUCGUUUCACUUUGUGAUGCCGGUUAUACGUGGACCUUUACGUUCACAUCACGAAUUGAGAAAAAUAGAGAAAUAGAACAAAUUGCCGGGCUUACAGAGACUGGAUGCUUAGUAUGGCAUUUAGUACGUCAACUCCCUGAUACUAAAUCCUAUGAUGUGUAUAUGGAUAAUUACUUUUCUAGCAUCGCACUUUUCAAGUAUAUGCGCGAUAAUGGUUAUGGCGCCUGUGGAACUGUUCGUUUAAACUCUGCUAAGUUUCCUGCAGAGCUAAAGCAUGGCAAGUAUCAACGGUUAGAUUGGAAUACAUUAUUAGGAAAGGUAGUAGAAAACGUUUUGGCAAUAUUAUGGAUUGACAAUGGCCCGGUAACUAUGUUAACUACAAUCCAUAAUGUUUGCGGUGAUGAUUGGAAUGUGGCACGUGAGCGUCGUAGACCAAGAGAAACUAGUACCAAUGCAAAUACCGUUCGGAGAGUCUUCGGAAAUCUUUCCAAAAAAAGUUUACAGAUUCCCAAGAUUAUUGAUGACUAUAACCAUUAUAUGGGUGGGGUGGAUAUUGCAGACCAACUCAGAGG